AUGGACACUAAGAACGCUGGAUGGAUAGCUCGCGGAGCAAAAUGUCCUCGAGGGAGACCACCAACCAGAUGGGCUGACGUGUUCGUUGCACGGAUGGACCAGCUGAAUACUCAGCUGGUAACGAGUGAUUUAUCUGGACCUUGCGAACGUCGCCGCUGCACUCUAUUACCAACAUUAUGGAUGACGAUAGCGAAAGACAGCAACGGAUGGAAACAGUGCUGUGGCCUGCACGAUAAGUGA